AUGGAUUACUGCUUUACAUUACCACACAGUACCGCCAGUACCACACAGUACUGCCAGUACCGCACAGUACCGCCAAUACCGCACAGUACUGCCAAUACUGCACAGUACUGUCAAUACCGCACAGUACUGUCAAUACCGCACAGUACUGUCAAUACCGCACAGUACCGCCAGUACCGCACAGUACUGCCAAUACCGCACAGUACUGUCAAUACCGCACAGUACCGCCAAUACCGCACAGUACCGCCAAUACCGCACAGUACCGUCAAUACCGCACAGUACCGCCAAUACCGCACAGUACCGCCAAUACUGCACAGUACCGCCAGUACCGCACAGUACCGCCAAUACCGCACAGUACCGUCAAUACCGCACAGUACCGCCAAUACCGCACAGUACCGCCAAUACCGCACAGUACCGCCAAUACCGCACAGUACCGUCAAUACCGCACAGUACCGCCAGUACCGCACAGUACCGUCAAUACCGCACAGUACUGCUAAUACCGCACAGUACCGUCAAUACCGCACAGUACCGUCAAUACCGCACAGUACUGCUAAUACCGCACAGUACCGUCAAUACCGCACAGUACCGUCAAUACCGCACAGUACCGCCAGUACCGCACAGUACCGCCAAUACCGCACAGUACCGCCAAUACCGCACAGUACCGCCAAUACCGCACAGUACCGCCAAUACCGCACAGUACCGCCAAUACCGCACAGUACCGCCAAUACCGCACAGUACCGCCAAUACCGCACAGUACCGCCAAUACCGCACAGUACCGCCAAUACCGCACAGUACCGUCAAUACCGCACAGUACCGUCAAUACCGCACAGUACCGUCAAUACCUCACAGUACCGUCAAUACCGCACAGUACUGUCAAUACCGCACAGUACUGCCAAUACCGCACAGUACUGUCAAUACCGCACAGUACUGCCAAUACCGCACAGUACUGUCAAUACCGCACAGUACUGCCAAUACUGCACAGUACUGUCAAUACCACACAGUACUGUCAAUACCACACAGUACUGUCAAUAUCGCACAGUACUGCCAGUACCGCACAGUACUGCCAGUACCGCACAGUACUGUCAAUGGUGCAGUUGCUGUGCCCACAAAUCAGGUCUCUAA